AUGGUCAAUUCCUGCUGUGGCUCUGUCUGCUCUGAGCAGGAGACCUGCUGCCAGCCCAGCUGCUGCCAGACCUCCUGCUGCAGACCCAGCUGCUGCAUCUCCAGCUGCUGCAGGCCCCAGUGCUGCCAGCCAACCUGCUGCCAGCCCACCUGCUGCCGCCCUAGCUGCUGCAUCUCCAGCUGCUGCAGGCCCCAGUGCUGCCAGCCCUCUUGCUGCCGCCCCACCUGCUGCAUCUCCAGCUGCUGCAGACCCACGUGCUGCAGGCCCCAAUGCUGCCAGUCUGUGUGCUGCCAGCCCACCUGCUGCCGCCCCAGCUGCUGCAGACCCAGCUGCUGCAUCUCCAGCUGCUGCCGCCCCUCCUGCAGUAGCUCCAGCUGCUGUGGCUCCAGCUGCUGCCGCCCCAGCUGCUGCCCUGGCUGCUGCCUGCGUCCAGUCUGUGGCCAAGUCUCCUGCCACACCAGUUGCUAUCGCCCAACCUGUGUGAUCUCCACCUGUCCCCGCCCCAUGUGCUGUGCCAGGCCUUGCUGCUGCUAA